CUCUUUUAUUGGUGGUGGCUAGGCUCAUCGCAAAAUUAAAGUAUAGUAGACAGUGGCAGUACACAAGAGUUGACGCUUGCCACGUUGAUUUAUGAAUAUAAAAAGCCGGUAGUAAAAAGUGGUGAAUGCAGGGCGUUUUAAAAAUAUCAAUCUAUAUAUUUAAAGAUAGAAAGAAUCUGAAUCAAUUUUGUUUAUACCAAAGUGAUAUUUACUGUUAGACAGCGUUAUGAAGGUGAAAGAGAUAGACCUAACGGCCAAUGUGGCCUGGAGCCCUUCUUCCCAGUAUCCCAUCUACCUGGCUACAGGGACAGCGGCACAGCAGCUUGAUGCUACCUUUAGUACCAGCGCAGCCUUGGAGAUAUACUCAUUGAGCUUGAAUAAGCCAGGUCUCGCUAUGGAAAGGAAGGCUAGCUUGAGUACAUCUAUGAGGUUCCAUAAGAUAAUGUGGGGUAGUCAUGGAAUAAACCCUGAAAACCCAGACACAAGUGGCCUGAUAAUUGGAGGCACAGACAAUGGACGUAUAUUCCUGUAUGAUGCACAGAAAGUUCUUAAUGAACAAGAUUCUUUAGUUGAAAUGAUUGAAAAGCAUACAGGUACUGUACGUGCCCUUGACGUCAAUCCAUUUCAAGCUAACCUCUUAGCUUCUGGAGCGAGUGAUUCCGAGAUAUUUGUUUGGGAUCUCAACAAUACAGCAUCACCAAUGUCACCAGGUGCAAAAUCUCAGCCUCCAGAUGAUAUAAGUUGCUUGGCAUGGAACAGGCAAGUGCAACAUAUAUUGGCUUCCACUUGCCCAGGUGGACGUUGUGUUGUAUGGGACUUGCGUAAAAACGAACCGAUUAUAAAAGUGACUGACCAUAGCUCAAGGAUGCAUUGUAAAGUAGUUGCUUGGCACCCAGAAGUUGCCACACAGAUGGCGUUAGCAUCAGAAGAUGACCACUCUCCAGUCAUACAAAUGUGGGAUCUGAGGUUUGCCACCUCUCCUCUGAAGGUCCUGGAAAGCCAUCAAAGGGGAAUACUCUCGAUUGCUUGGUGCCCACAGGACUCUGACCUUCUUCUAAGUUGUGGCAAGGACAACCGCAUCCUGUGUUGGAAUCCAAACAGUGCGGUAGCAGGAGGAGAAGUGACCUAUGAACUGCCGACUAGUAGCCAAUGGUGUUUUGAUGUUCAGUGGUGUCCACGUAACCCGGGUUUGAUCUCAACGGCGUCAUUUGACGGGCAUGUCAGUGUGCACUCCCUGAUGGGCGGUACCUACCCAGAUGAUCAGCGGCAACAGCAACAGCAGCAUAAUGUUGCCUCCUCGUUCCCUGGAAUGGAUAACUAUGGUCAAGUUGCAGGCCAGCAGUCUCAACAAGUACCGACGGAAGCGGUCAUCCUCAAGAAGCCACCCAAGUGGUUGAGAAGACCUGUAGGAGCCAACUUUGCUUUUGGGGGUAAGCUAGUCUCGUUUGAACAUGUAAAAUCACAACAACCUCAUCAAUCGGUGUCUAAGCAGGUGUCCAUUAGUCAGGUGAUCACAGAAACUGAUUUCAUCAAUCGAUCUAAGCAUUUGGAGAGUGCCAUAAAUGAUGGUGGCUUUGUUGAAUUCUGCAGCUCGAAAAUAGCUAAGUCUGACGAUGACAUUGAGAAGCAAAUGUGGAAUUUCCUAAAGGUUAAUUUUGAAAAAGAACCACGGAAUCAUUUCAUUUCCUUACUUGGCCAUGACUCGCAUGAAUUGACCAAGAAAGUUGCCCUGGCAACUGGAGCUAAAAUUGGCCUGCAAAAUGGUAAUGAUCAAGGUGUAAAUUUAGAAGAGCUAGCAGCAAGGAUGGAAAACAUCAACACAGAUGAAGAUGGUAGUGACAUCAACCUUGGAAGUGGUACCCUGUCGCCAAGCGUUGGAUCCAAGACACCAAGUGAUGGUGUUGGCGAUGGUGAUGGAGCUGCUGCAUUUGAUGCCAUCGCUGCUGGAGGGACAGUGGAAGUGGAGAAUAGGACUGAUGGAAAGCAAGACAUUAGGCCCGACUCCCCAUAUAGCAUUUGCAAAGAUGAAGAUACAAAUGGUCUCCUCAGCAAAGCGCUGCUUACGGGUAAUUUUGAAGCUGCUGUGGAGAUGUGUCUCCAUGACGAUCGGUUAGCAGAUGCAAUCAUCCUCGCAAUAGCAGGUGGACCUGAACUUCUCGCAAGAACUCAACGCAAAUAUUUCAAGAAAAAUAAGAGUGACAUUUCAAGAUUGAUAUCAUCAAUUGUCACCAGGGAUCUCAGUGACAUGGUGAAAUGCUGUGAACUAAGUAACUGGAAGGAAGUACUAACUGCUCUACUCACAUACGCUACAGCAGAAGAAUUCCCAACCUUGUGCAAUUCAUUGGGGUCAAGACUUGAGACGGAGGGUGAUGAGGAACUAGUAGCCAGUGCUUGUCUGUGCUAUAUAUGUGCAGGCAACGUAGAGAAGCUUGUAACCUGCUGGUGUAAGGUAACCCCUAAUGGGAACUCUGCACUUGGGCUGCAGGAUCUAGUAGAGAAAGUAAUGAUAUUACGAGAGGCAGUUGCUCAGAAGCAGGGGUAUGUUGAUAGUGGGGGUAGUGUUAUUGCACAGAAGCUGAGUAGCUAUGCUCAACUUCUAGCAUCCCAAGGAAGUUUGACAACCGCAAUUAAUUACCUACGGGACUCGAAUGAGCCUGUUGUUGCCAAUUUACUGGAAAGAUUAUACAAAGCCCAGGGACAGGCACCUUCAAGCUACCAGCAGCAGAAUAGAGCUCAAGUUAAACCCACUGUCAGCCAAGUAUCUCAAAGCCAGGGAUUGAACUCUUUUAAGACAACCACCACUUCCAGUAGAUUAUACUACAAUAGCCAAGUAAGCUCACAGGCCCAACAAAACAACACAUACUACACUCAAACUUCCCCGGCAACUCAGAAACCCACCAAUAUAUAUUCUAAGCAAGGACUUAAUCAUCCUGCUUACCCCAAGCCGCAGAUGCCAGGUUCCUCAGCUCAGCCGAUUUAUUAUCAACCCUCAGCAACCAUUUCACAACCAACAUAUCCAAAUGCAACCCCAACAAGUUUUUACAAUCCAACUAGUUACAACCAACAACCAGCACCAAUCACUCAAGUACAGAAUAAGGCUCCUUCGCAGCCACAUCAACCAACUCCGCUCCAGCCCACCCAAAUGGUAUCGCAGCAGCCUAUAUCUUCAUUAACUCAGUCUAGACCAAAGCAGGAACAAGGAGCUUGGAAUGACCCACCACCAGUCAAACAAAAGGAAAAGCCUACAUAUGUAGCCCCAGUACCAAUCACAGCGCCAAUCAUUGGUGGUGCUGAGUCUGCUGCACAUCCUGGGAUGAAUCAAGGAGCGCCAGGUGGUCCAACAGGUUAUGGGCAGCCACAAGGCUACAAUGCACAGAUGUACAACCCUCAACAAGCUAAGGAAGUACAAGCAACUGAGAUUGCUCAGAAAGCAGAGCCCGUAGAGAAGAAGGAAGCACCCAGAGCACCGAUUCCAGCUGAACAUCAAGUGUUAAAUCAAACAUUUGAAAGCUUAAAAAAUCGGUGCAUCAAUGCAGUGGGAUUGAACCCCCAAAUUAAGAGGAAGCUAGAUGAUGUAACCAAAAAACUGAAUGCUUUAUAUGAUAAAUUAUGUGAAAAUGCACUGUCCCCCAACAUAUUGCAGGGAUUGCAUCAGAUUGCCCAUUUUAUAGGAGCCAUGGAUUAUCAGAAUGGUUUAGAAGUGUACAAACAGUUGGUCUCCAGUGGAAAUUUCUCCGAGAUUAGUACAUUUAUGCCGGGCCUCAAAGUACUCAUGCAAGUUGCUACCCAACUCCAUGUUUAAUGUCCUGCAUUCUUAGCAUCUCCUAAAGUAUUAAUUCAAAAUCCUACUAAACAUAUUAAGAUCGUUAAUGCUAUAUUUUUAUCAUUAAACUUUAUAAGUGGCUGUUUGGUGGUACUAGAGAAGGUGUGUUAUGAAUGUUUUCUAAAGCCCUGUCCUAUGAAAUUUUAUUUGACAAAACAUAACAUGCCUAAAUAUGGUAAUGAUGGCAUCACAUCAUGACCACAUAUAGGCACAUCAUGACUAUAUAUGGGCAUACAGUUAGGUAAUGUGGACAGGCCUUAAGGCCACAUUAAGCUGUAGUUUGACACAGCAAUAUUGCGAUCAGAUUGUCUUAAUAGUGUAUGCUUGUUUCAAAGCUCCUCGAUGUGAGAAAUGUGUGUAAAUCACCCAUAUACCGUAAAACCUUGAAUAGCUUAAUCUUGAGAACAAGACCAUCUCGAAUGUCCAACCGGGCGGGUGGCUAAAAAUGGGGCUGAUCAAGACAACACUACCCUAGGGGGCCGGGGAACCCCCACGAAAUUUUUGUUUUCUAGAUGUUCGAAAAUAACCUCAGGAGAGCAAUUUUUUCUUUUUCUUUCUUUUUUCCUUUCCAAAAGGGU